UCACCGUCCCCUCUGCCCGGGCCCAGGCAUGGCGGAGCUGUGCCGCACCGAGUCCUCGCUGACGGCGCUGGACGAGGAGACGCUGUGGGACAUGACGGAGAGCCACCGCUGCCGGAUCGUGCGCAGCAUCUGCCCCAGCCGCCUCACGCCCUACCUGCGGCAGGCCAAGGUGCUGGGGCAGCUGGACGAGGAGGAGGUGCUGCACAGCCCCCGGCUCACCAACAGCGCCAUGAGGGCCGGACACCUGCUGGACCUGCUGAGGACGCGGGGGAAGAACGGGGCCGUGGCCUUCCUGGAGAGCCUCAAGUUCCACAACCCUGACGUCUACACGCUGGUCACCGGGCUGCAGCCGGACGUGGACGGCAGCAGCUUCAGCGGGCUCAUGGAGACGUCCAAGCUGACGGCGUGCCUGGCCGGGGCCAUCGGCAGCCUGCAGGAGGAGCUGAGCCAGGAGAAGGGGCAGCGGGAGGCGGUGGCGCAGCAGUGCCGGCGCCUGCGGGAGCGGCUGCGCGAGGCCGAGGCCCGCGCCGAGGGCCUGCGGCAGCUGGAGGCGGACCACGGGCGCAUGAAGCGCGAGGUCAGCGCCCACUUCCACGAGGUGCUGAAGCUGAAGGACGAGAUGCUCAGCCUGUCGCUGCACUACAGCAGCGCGCUGCAGGAGAAGGAGCUGGCCACCACGCGCUGCCGCGGCCUGCAGGAGGAGCUGUACCUGGCGCAGCAGGAGCUGCAGCGCGAGCGGCUGUCGGCCUCCUGCGAGCGGGAGUUCCGGGAGCGGUCGCUGAGGCUGGCCGACGGCCCGGAGCCCGGGGCCGAGGAGCUGAGCCGCCUGAAGCAGGAGAACGAGCAGCUGCGCUCGCUGACUUUCAGCCUGGCGGAGAAGGACAUCCUGGAGCAGAGCCUGGACGAGGCCCUGGAGAGCAAGCAGGAGCUGGUGGACCGCAUCCACUCCCUGAGGCAGCGGGCGGCGGCCGCCGAGCGGCAGCGGAAGCAGUACUGGGAGGAGAAGGAGCAGACCCUGCUGCAGUUCCAGAAGAGCAAGGUGGACUGCGAGAUCUACAGGGAGAAGGUGACCGCCCUGCAGAGCCAGCUGGCGGAGCUGCAGAAGGAGCGGGACCAGGCCUACGCGGCCCGGGACGCGGCCCAGGUGGAGAUCUCCCGGAACCUGGUGGAGAAGGACGCUCUCCGCCGGAAAGCCUUCGAGCUGACGGACCAGGUGUGCGACCUGCGGCAGCAGCUGCGCCGGCUGCAGGCCGAGUCCUCGCCAGCGCCCAAGCGGGAGGCGGGGCCGCGGGAGCCCGGCCGGCGGGGGAAGCAGCGGCUGGUGCGCAUGUUCGCCGUCUGCCCCCGGGACGACAGCGACGGCAGCUGCCUCAGCUCCUCCGAGUCCCAGCUCUGGUCCGACCUGAGCGCCUCGUCCAGCCGCGAGCUGGGGGACAGCUUCCGCUCCAGCAGCCCCGCGCCUCCCAGCCAGCUGUCCCUGUAUAAGCGGGCGGCAGAGGACCUGGGGGACGAGCCCUGGUCCUUCAGCAGCCUCCCGGAGCCCCUGGAGGCGGCCCGGGGGGCCUCCCCGGGCCCAGCGGCGGGCGACGCGGACCUGGAUUACGAGAUCGUGGACAGAGCCGACCUUCUGGAGCCGGAGAGCUGCCCACAGCCCACCUCCGGGGGCCUCUGCCUCUCGGCCAGUGCCCCCGUGCGGCGCAGGCCGGCCCGGAAGGUCCCGAGCCAGGUCACGGUGGUGGCCUUCCAGGGGGACGCGCUGCUGGAGCAGAUCGGCGUCGUCGGCGGGAACCGCACCGGCAUCUUCAUCCACCGGGUCGCCCCGGGCUCAGCGGCCGACGAGAUGGCCCUGCGCCCGGGCACCCAGAUCGUGAUGGUGGACUACGAGGCGACAGAGCCCUCCUUCAAGGCCGUGCUGGAGGGCACGACGCUGGAGCAGGCCGUGGGGCUCCUGCGGCGGGUGGACGGCUUCUGCUGCCUGUCCGUGAAGGUCAACAUGGAGGGCUACAGGAAGCUGGUGCAGGACCUGGAGGCCAAAGCGGCUACCUCGGGGGACUCCUUCUACAUCCGGCUCAACCUGGCCUUGGAGGGGCGGGCGGAGGGGGAGCUGCAGGCGCACUGUGGCGACGUCCUGCACGUCACCGACACCAUGUUCCGGGGCGGCGGCGGCUGCUGGCAUGCCUGCCGCGUGGGCCCCUACAGCACGCGGCCCGGCGAGCGAGGCGCCGUCCCCAGCUACGCACGGGCCCAGCGGCUGCUCUUCGCCCUGCUCCAGGACGUGACCCAGCAGAGCAGCGCCUCACGCAAGGUGAGGCGCAAGACCUCGGGGGGCCCCCAGAAGUUGGUCCGCAUCGUCACUGUGGACAGAACCAAGGCCUGCCCCCCGUGCUCCCCCUCUGACGGAGCCCAGUCAGACCCCGGCGGGCUGGGAGACCCCUCCCCUGGGAGCUUCUGGGCCGAGAGCAGCCUCACGCUGGCCCCCUACUCGCUGGUGCGCCCCCACCGGCCCGGCCGGCCCCGGCCCGUGCUCUUCGUGCCCAGGCUGCUGGGGAAGGUCCUGAGCGGGAAGCUCUGCCUCCUGCCGGGGUUCAGGAGAUGCCCUGCAGAGUACCUGAGCCAGGAGGAGUACGAGGCUGCCAACCAGAGAGGGGACAUUGUCCAGGAGCGUGAGGCCCCCGGGGGCCGGUACUGCGUGACCCGCCUGGCUGUUGAGCUCCUCAUGGAGGAGAACGCCCACGCCCUGCUGGACGGCCGGCUGGACAGCGUGCGCGCCCUGCACAGGGCGGACAUCUUCCCCAUCAUCGUCCACGUCUCCGUCAACGAGAAGGCGGCGAAGAGACUCAGGAAGGCCCUGCAGCGGCUGGGCGCCUCGGAGGAGCAGCUCCUGGAGGCCAGCCGGGAGGAGGAGGGCGAGCUGGACAGGGCGCCCGGCCUGCACUGCAGCCUGGCCGCCGACGGCUGGAGCGACCUGGACUCCCUGCUGGGCUGCGUCCGCUUCGCCAUCUCGGACGAGCAGAAGAAGGUGGUGUGGACAGAGCAGGGCCCCCCCUGAGGCGCCAGCCCCUCCUGGGUCUGCGGGGACCCCCUCAUCCUGUCCCCGGGGCCUAGCAGGCCCGGCUUCAGGCGCUCACCGGACAGGCCCCCGUCAGACCCCUCCUUGGAGUCCAGCACAAGCCUCGUCACCUGCAGGUCACAGCCACCUGCAGGUCACAGCCACCUGCAGGUCACGGCCGGCGUACUGACCACCCCUCUGUGCCACCCCGGGCUCCCUGCGUCUGGGCGGGCCACCCGAGCACGUUCCCACCCUGGGGGGUCCUCCGGCCCCUCCCCACAGCCGGAGGCCGAGUUCUGUCCCGAUAGCUGCCCUCUGGCCGGCCACUGCCCUUUCCUCUUGCACUUCGGUGUGGCUGGCGGCCACCGUGCCGCUGCCCGGAGCGAGCCUCCCUCAGCCCCGGGUGGCCGAGAUGCCCCAGUAACUCUCGCCCAGGGACUGUUCGCCAGUCAGUAACGUCUCCUGGUGAUGGAGACGGUAUUUGCACUGGGUUUGUGCCCAGGAGCCGGCGUGCCCAGCCUGGGGACUGUGGGGGCCCUGGAGAAGGCCACACAGACCCCUCUGUAGGGUGUCCUCCUCCUGGGGCCCAGAACUGCCCCUCUACCCCACACCCCUGCCUCAGCUCUGCCCCUAGGGCUCUGGAGACAGGCGGGGCUCAGGCAAGGACCCCCGGGUGC